GGAAAAUGGAGAAGAUCGGAAGAGCUGGGAGUGGAGACAGAAGACGCAGGCAGAUUUAGUUUGUUUGCACAUUCAACGUCCCCAUCUAUUCCCACACCUUUCUUUUGUCUCUGGCCAGUAAUGGCCCACAUUCCCUUCCACACCUCCCUGGUGUUGUUUUCUUGGAGUUUGCUUUCCAGCUUCUUUCUGUAAGACUCCUUUCCCUCAGCAAUCUUGGCUUUAAGCUCCUUCUGCACCAGUUUCAACUGUUCUUCGUCCCUGUUUCUAAAAGCUGUCUUUUUCUUGUUCAGUACAGCUUUAAUGUCUUUGGUUACCCAAAGUUUAUUGUUGGGGAAGCAGGGAAUAUUUUUUGGGGGGAACAAUAAUAUAUAAUAAAAUAAAAUGACCGUAAUGCAGCAUCUUCCUGUGGCUAAGCCUCUUCCUGCCUCUCUCUCUUUCCCCCUCUCUCUCACCUGUCCUCCUGGGUUUGAUCUACCUAAUCAGCAGGGAGCCGCAGGGUGAGGAGGUGUGAGGGAGACAGCCAGCAGUGAAAAUGACCGGGCAGACCGAUGUCGACAUACCGGAAACAGGAGCAAUUUUCACAUUUGGAAGGACCAGCUUCGCUAAUAAUGUUCCCAGCAAGUUCUGGCUGAAGAAUGACCAUCCAAAGAAAACGUCAUGUGGCGGAGAGCACUCUGCUGUUAUCACAGAAAAUGGGAGGUUGCUGAUGUUUGGUGGCAACACAUGGGGCCAGCUGGGGUUGAGAAUUAAGCCUAGUGCCAGGAAACCAACCUCUGUGAAAGCCUUGAAAUCUGAGAAGGUGAAGCUUGCAGCUUGUGGGAGAGACCACACAAUUGUUUGCACAUUUCAUGGCAGUGUAUACAGUGCAGGUAGCAACCAGGACGGGCAGCUGGGUUUAGGCCAUUGUGACAAGUCUACAUACUUUCACCUGCUCCGCCCCUUCUGCGACUGGGCACCAAUCAAAAUGCUUUCUGCAGGAUGCAACACCUCAGCCGCCUUAACAGAGGAUGGGAGGCUGUUCAUGUGGGGGGACAACUCUGUGGGUCAGAUUGCUUUUGGGGACGAGGGAUUUGCUGCAGAACCCAGAGAGGUCCACGUUGGAGAAGCAGUCAUAUGGGUGUCCUGUGGGUAUAAGCACUCAGCUUUUGUGACAGUUUAUGGUCGUCUCUACACGUUUGGUGAGAGUGCGAAUGGAAGACUCGGUCUUCAGGAGGAGCAGCUGGCCAAUCACAGAAUUCCUCAGCAGGUGCAGGGAGUCCUGGGUCAUGUCACCCGAGUGUGCUGUGGAGGAGAGCACACAGUGGUCCUCACAGAGAAGAACGUGUACACAUUCGGCAGAGGUCAGUACGGUCAGCUGGGCCACGGAACCUUUCUGUUUGAGGUUCAUUUGCCAAAAGCACUGCAGCACUUUUGUAACAGCAAGGUCAGACACAUCGCGUGUGGAGAGAACCACACAGCUGUGGUCACAGACAGUGGGCUGCUGUACACGUUUGGUGAUGGUCGUCAUGGAAAACUCGGGUUAGGGGAGGAAAACUUCAUCAACCAGUUCAGCCCGACACUCUGCACACGUUUUCUUCAGUACGCUGUUCAGUCAGUGUCGUGCGGUGGUCACCACAUGCUGGUCCUGGCUACACCCAGGCCAGCAGAGAGCCAAGAAGCGGUGCCAGAGAAGGAUGUCUUAAUCGCAGACUACUUUCUGGAGUCAAGUUUUACCAAAAUCAUCUUUAAAAACAAGUUCAUCAGUCCAACUCCACCAUCACCACUCUCAGCCCUCUCAGCCCGGGCACGCCACCGAGACAGAGUUCGUUCUGUGGAGUUGUUUGGGGAUAAGUUUCAGAGCCUCCCACGGCUUAACUCUGACUUUCUCAACACAUCUCGGCAAACAUCCAGAAAUUCCCUAACUCUGAAAACCCUUUCAAAUGAUGCUACUACCCCUUCAUCAUCCCCUAAACCAAAAUCAGAGGUGACAGGAAGCCCACUUCUCUCCCCCAGAUCUCGAUCCAUAUCCCCUCAGAGUCCUCUGUUAUCCUCUAAGGCAUCAACCCCACAUUCACAAUCAUCAUUCACGCUUCAAAGUAAAGCAUCCACGUCUGCUUCUUCUAAGUCUAAAUGCAAAAAGGUGCCCUCUCCUUUGCUUUUACCAAAGUCUAUAACAAAAUUAAACCCCAGCAGUCCUGUAGCUACUAAAAUGACUGCAAAGCCUAGACUAAACCGAGCAGCAGCCACUAAGAAGCCUCUAAGUAACAAAUUCUCAUCUCCUGUGCCACCUAAAGAGCCCUACACCCCGACUAGACCCCCCAGUAAUGUUUUCAUUAAAAAUCUAAAGGAGGAAGAACAUCCUGCCCCAACACAAACAGAAAAUGUUAAGAGACAAAUAAUCACUGAAGAAGUGGAGGAGAAAGAAGUCUUUUCACCAUAUAUGGGAAAGAAAAAGGGCAGAGCUUUUAGACAUGCAGUAAAGGAAGCAGAACCAUUUGCACAACAGAUCCAGACCGACCGAAACUCCCCUAAGGUUUUGCCAACAGAGCUUAUGAAGGGCCCCAGCACCUUGAAGACAGAAGUGUCUCCUCUGAAGAGCACAAAGAAAAAUCACAAAGUGACUUCAAACAGCAAAGAGAACAUCACCAAGGAGUCCAGCAACAUCAAAACUUCAGAAAACAGGCAAGCUCAAAAGCAGCUCCCGCAUUUUAAAUCAUCACAGCAAGAUAAGAGGAAACCGUCAGAGCAUAGCACAAAAACACAACAGACGCUGACAGAUGCACAGGAGAGAGUGACUGAAGUGAAGCACAAGACGAGGAAAACUGAGGAUUUGAGAGAAAGUAAUAAACCGAAUGAAGAGGAUAACAGCUCUCUGAAGAAAGGCUUGACAAGGACCCCAAAAAAGGAGACAAAGAAAUCAUCAUCUUUAGAUCCGAAAUCUCCUUCUAUCAAGGUCAGUAAAGUGAAUCAAGCAGCCAGUCUAGCAUCCACAGAAAAUGCCGUAAAGGAAAAUGAAGCAACUCAGAGGGGAAGUGAUGACGUCAAACCUGUUGAAGUGGCGAGUCAGGGGACACGGCGAGUCAAAUCGACUCUAACAAAAGAUCAGCACAAGGUUAAAUCUGUACCAGGAGUGGAUGCUAAAUCGCCAGCAGCACAGGAAGAAAACACAACACCUUUUAAGGCUGAAACCAAGAAAUCUGUCUCCAGAAAAACACCAUUGCAAGUUAAGGGAAAAUUGCAAGAGCUUAAACCAACACCAGUCAAGGAUCAAAGUAAAUGUGCAGAAAAUCCCCUCAUUGAAGGUGAAAGCAAAGAAAAGUGUGAGGAAAAUGAGUUAAAUUGUGUCAAAGACGCCACUCUGAAGAUGAAAGGUGGAACUGUGGAUGAGCAGAAAUUGUCAAAAAUAAAGGACAAAAAGACGGCAAAAACAAAACGAAGAGGAGGAGGCAAGGAAGAGGAAAUCAGAGUUAAAGGUGAGGGGGAUGUUGACUCUGAGAAUAAGAUGAAGGCUAAACCAAAGAGUGAAGCUUCCAGCCUGCCGUCAUCUCAGCAGGAUACACCUACAGAAGUGAGAGGUAACCCAAUUUCCCCUCAAAGCCCAGAAGUGGAUUCUCCUAGAGCUGCAAAACCCCUGCAAGGCGCUAAGCUUGUUGUUAUGGAUUCCCGUGUUUCUGAAACAGAUGAAGAGGACACUCGGGGCAAGAAUGGGGGAAAAACAAAUUGGGGAGAAAUUCUCAGUAAUUCAGCGUCGCUUCUUCCAGUUGCUGGGAUUGCAGGUGCAGCUAUUGAGGUCCUUCGUGAGGCAGUGACAAGUGUGCAGUCUGACAGUGACAAAGCCACCUCGACACCCUCUAAAACGCUCAGUAAAGUCAGACAAUUCACGAAGCAAAGUGCAGUUACGGAGCCGUCCUUGUGCUCCACAUUGUCACAUUUUUCUUCCUCGAAUGAAACGGAGGAUGGCCUGAAGACAGAUGCUCAAGCUGGUGUUCCAUCGGAAUCUGUAAAUGAAUCCCAAGAAGUAGAAAAUGAUGACAGCAGUCGUGAUCCAUCAGAGGGGGAGGCAGUGAAAGGGGGCCUGUCUGAGCAGAUCAGGGGUGAACACAUGGAAGAUUCACAAAAAGAAGUGGAGGAGAAAUCCGACAAGGCAUCUGGAGAGGAUGAAGAUUCUGAGGAUGGGGGAAAGAAUGAAGAUGAAGAUGUCGAGAGUGGAAGUGACAGUGAAGAUAAAAGGGAAGAAUGUGAGAGUAGUAGUGACAAAGAAACAGAAGAGGAGAGCAAUACGGGAGAGGGAGAGGAAGAUAAUGUAUCUGAGGAAGAAGAGGGUGACGAGAAAACAAGCAGGAGUGAUGAAGAUGAAGGGAGUGAUAAAACUAAUGCUGCUGAAACUGAAGGAGAGGAAGAAAGCAGUAAGAAGACAAGUGACGGAUUGAGUGACUCUGAUAUGAGUGAAGGAGCUGAGGAGGAAGAGGAGGAAGGUGAAAAUGAAGAGUCCAGUGAUGAAGAGAGUAAAGAGGAUAAAGAGGAAGAGAGCAAGAUGAGUGAGGAUGAAGAGAAGAAAAGCGGUGAUGAAUCAGAGAGCGAUGAGAGCACGAACCGAGAGUCAGAGGGGGAGGAGGACAGAGAGGAAGGAGACACUGCAGAAUCUGCCAAAACUGAAGAAGAAGAAGAAAAUGAUGAAGAUGAAGAGGGCGAAACUGAGGAACAAAAUGAUGCCUCCACAGAAAAUGAGGAUGAGGAGAAGGACUCUGUUGAAGAUGAAGAGGCAGAUAAGAGUGAAGGAGAGCAAGACAGUGAUAAGGGAGAGGAGGAAGAAGAUAGCGAGGCUGAUGAAGAGGAACUCCAAGAUGAAAAAAGUGAUGAAGAAGAAGAGGAAGAAGGAGGUGAGGAAAGGGAAGAAAGUGAGUCCGUAGGUGAUGGGGAAGCUGAGACAGAAGAUGGAGAGGAUGAGGACAAAGAAGAGAGUGAGGAGGAGGAAGAGUCUGCAGAAGAGGAAGAGGAAGAAGAGGAGGAGGAUACAGGGGACGAAGACAUAGAAGAAGAGGAAGAGAAGGAGGAUACAGGGGAUGAUGAAGAAGAAGAAGCUGAGGAAGAGAAUGAAAGUGAGGAAGAGGAGAAACCAAAAGGAAAAAAUAAAAGCAUGGAGCCUGCUAAAAAAAAUCUGUUAGAGAGUGAUGAAGGGGAGGAGGAGGAGGAGGAGGGGGAGGGGGAAGGUGAGGAGGAAGGGGAAGAAGAGGAAGAACAGCAAAAACAGACAAGGCUAAGAGGAAAAAGGAAAGACAUGAAAGGUAAUGAUGAGGAAACUGAUGAUGAAGAUGAGGAUAGUGAGGAAGAGGGUGAUGAAGAAGAAAGGGAUGAAGAGAAUAAGGAAAAGGGAAAUGAGAACCAGGAGGAGGAGGAGGCAGAAGAAGAGGGAAUUGAGGAAGAGGAAGAAGGAGAUGAAAAUGAAGAAGAAGAGGAGGAGAAUGAGGAAGAGGAGGACCAAGCAAAAUUAGCAAAGAAAAAAAAAGAGAAGCGACAGAAACCGCCACCAGACCGAAGCAGCAAACAGAAAGAAGCACCCAAACCAGCACCGAGGACCAGGCAGAGAGCUGCAGGGGGGGCGAAAGCUGAGGACUCUCAGCAGUUCUGGAACGAUGUCCUGCCUCAAUACCUAGACCUGCAGUGACCACGCCCACGGUGAAGCCACACCCACAGAAAUCUCAGCUAAACACGAGCUUCGUCUGAGUUAUUCUUUAUGCUCUGAAAACACAUAACAAGUGUGUCUAAGCACUUUUCAAAAACCCUUACACUGUCCAAGGCAGUCAAGACAUUUAUACUGCAAUCUAAGUUUUGUCAAGAACUAUUUUCAUGUGCGUAUUGAUAUCCAUGUGGUGCUCUGUGUAGAACAACACUAAAGUGGUGUAUUUGGCACUACCUUUGUCAGGAUCCUGGGUCUCCUGAUCCAGCGUUUUUAGUUCUUUGUGAUUUUUGUAUUUUGUACUUGUGUGAUUUAUUCUAUGGUUUCUAGUUUUGAUCCCCUGCCCUUCAUGUUUCUCUGUGCCCGCUCUGUUCCGUGUAAGUCUCUGUAUUUCUUAGUUGCUGUCUCCACCGUGUCAACUUCGCGUCUCCGUGUUAUACUUCCUGUUUUACUUUGAAGGUCUGUGUCUUAUGUGAAUGUGUUCUGCUUUGCUUCCUUGUCUCGUCAGUUC